GCCUCUCGUGACGUCAGCUUUUUUCCCACCAGCACUCCUGGCGCUCCCGCGCUCCUUCAUUCCCAUCGAUGCGCGCUAGAGGAGCGACCCUUCCAAAGUCCGCGCACCGCACCUUGGCCACCUAGGCGUUGGACCGCGACUGGGCCACGGAGAAAGAAGCGAUCCUGGCAUGAAGAACCAAGCCCACUGCGGUCUCUAACAAGUGCCCUUGAGUACCGUCUACCGGAGCGAGAGGAGAUCCCGCCGCAGAAAGAUCACCGCGAGCGCCUCGGCGGGUUCAACCGAAACCUUCUCCACUGCCAGGUCUCCGAGGGCCCAACCCGUCGGGCGUGCGCGCGAGAUCGCCGGGACCAGCGCCAGCAAAGCGGCACUGCACCAGCGCCCGAAGAAGACUCGUUUGGACGGGCGAGAAAAAGAAGGCGCAGUCACCAUGAACGGGGGAGCGUACGGAGCUGGCAAGGCCGGUCAGGCAUUUGACCCGAUCAUGUUCUUGAUCAAACCGCAAGUCACGCUGCGCAUACUGUGCUGGCUGUUUUCCGUUGUGGUGUUUGGCUGCAUCUCGUCGGGCGCCUGGCUGGACGAGCGUUGCCUGUACAACAGCGACUCCAACGCCUGCAACUUCGGCGUGGCUAUCGGCGUCAUCGCCUUCCUGGCCAGCUGCGGCUUUCUUGCCAUCGAAGCCAUGUUCGAGAACUUCUCCAGCAUCAAGAUCCGCAAGAGGGCCGUCAUAGCCGACAUGGCCUUUUCCGGCCUGUGGGCCUUCAUGUGGGUGGUGUGCUUCUGCUACCUGUGCGACGCCUGGCGCAAGUCGGACAUGCCCAGCGACGGCUACGGGCUGAACAACAUCCGUGCGGCCAUCGCCUUCAGCUUCUUCUCCGUCUUUGCCUGGGCGAGCUGCGUGUUCUUCGCCUACCACCGCUACCGGCAGGGGGCCGACGCCCCCUUCAUGCCCAGCUACGAGGCGGACCCCAGCGGCCUGGGAGGGGCCACCCCCUUCACGGGGGGCUACCCGGGGGACAUGGGCGACGCCUACCAGGAGCCCCCCUUCUCCACCAAGGCCGACCCCGGCAUGGGGGUCGGGGCCAUGGGGGCCGGCAACUUCCAGGCGCCCGCCUACUAGGGCCGCCCCGCCGCCCCGUAUCCCAGAGAGCGCAGAGGACGCCCCCCGGGGAGCCGGUCGCCCUCGGACGACUCCCCUCGGCUCGCUUCCUUCGGGUCGCUCCCCCGGAUCGCUCCGUCGAGGCUACUCCCUGGGACCGGGUCCUGCACCCGGAAAGCGCCCCCCGGGAGUGCUCCAAGGGACGCGACCCCGCGGGACUCUUGCCCCAAAACCCGUCCCCGGGGGGUCCACUGUUCCGCGGAAUACUCUCGGUGUGGCAGAUCGUUGCCGCCAGUUUUUCGGUUACUUUGGAUCGCGUUCGACGAAUGUGCGAGGUUGUUUGUCGUCUGUUUGCCCGCGAGACUACUUCCCGCGGUAACACUCCCCAAUUCAGAGUCGCGUCGGGGUUCCCGAUUUCCUACGUCUGAAUUCGAAGCACACCCAGCUUCGUUGUCUCCGUUUCCACGAUCGUAGCGUUUGUGGCGACGUUACCGGAUGCGAAGCGGAAUUGGUUCACAUCGAGUUUGGAAUGGAACCGUGCGAGGGAACUCUGUACGGGAUCACAAAAGGAGCGGGAAGUGGGUGGCGACUCUCUGCUCGCAGGUUGUCAUUGCGUGGCUCUUUUUGGAACGACCUGCAACCGAGCAGUCGCCGCAUUUACUUUCAUGGCUCGCUUUCUCUCUAGUCACCCGUAGCCAGCAGUUUAACCGUACAGAUCAAACGCCACUGCUGUAGCCUAGUCUGUGCCACACGCGGCCUCGUUCUAGUCAUUUACGGAGUUGUCCACUUCGGUUUCGAAUUUGAGGAUAGCUGCUCCUUGGUGCCUGCAUUUGGGCAUUUGGCCGUCGCCCACGUUUACUCGCGGGAUAGACGCGCAACGUGAGGCACGUUGAGUGACGGCCACCGAAGCGGCGGAAUAACACUUUGCACUUUGAAGGCAGUCUCUGGAUUGCGGUUGGCAACUCGCGUUGCCUAGGCUUCGUCGGGGUUUGCCUAGUUGAGCUAAGGGUUGUCACUCCCGCGCACGAUCUCACAAGUAACGUUGCGAAUGACCUUGGCUUUUUUUUAAUCUUUUACCAAACGGGGUGCUUCGGCAAAUGGCUUGUUUGGUCUUUAACGUCUACGCCAAGCCUGUGCUGGACUCCUUGCCCCGACGUGGUUACCGUAGAAAGCGUGCCGAGGUUGCACAAUUGGGCAUGCUGCGCAGGGUUUCUUCUUUGCAGGAAGGAAAAGAUGCCCGGGAACUGUCUACUUAAUUGCGAAUGUUUUGUUGCUUUUUUUCCCCACCUUCCUCUUCUUACGUUCGCCGUUCACGCGAUAAACGGUGGAGAUCUCAUUGCUGCACAUGCCGACGGUUUGCAGUUUUACGUAGUGUGGGUUUUCUUCCGCUCACGAGCUCAUUUUCUGGACCGUUGUAUCUUUUCGCUUCGAUUUACGGGUGCCAACGACGUUUCCCUCAAAAUAUUCCCUAGUGGCAGCACGUAGCUCGAGCCUUCCUUCCCUCUGGGGGAGCGUUUUUGUUGGCAAUGAGCCUGUAAAAAUCUACCCAAGCGAAGAAGAGGCCCUUAUCCCAAGUAUUAAAUAUUGCUCCUUUUAUCCGACCCGCGCAAAGUGAAGGUACGGCACUGGGAUUCAAUCUCGUUUGAGAUUCGCGCAACACGUCAUCCCUACGCGCGUACCGUCACCCACCCGGUGCCCGUGGAGACCAAGCGUUAGGAACGCCCGUGGCAAUAACGGAGAGUAUUUUUCCCGAGAUCCCUCCCAGUACCCGAAAGAAUGCUCGCAAUAAUCGUGCCUAUGUGAAUACGACCGAGGGCAGGAAAUUGUGGGUCGGGUUCGACCAGUUCCGGUAGUCGAGACUCAAAAACUGCCAUAACGGCGACGAGACGCUCACUUUGCACUCCAAGGCAAACUUUCUCAAGGAAGGUUCUAGGUGAGCCUUUCCGCAAGGACGAAGACGCAAGAUUGCGGAGUGCGCCUGCCGGGCUCCGUACCGGCAUCCAAAUGGAGAGCGCCCACCCGUGGGGGCGGGAGUGUAGAGUUCUGCGCCGGGCAAAUUGCCCGGUUCUGCCGGAAACUCCCUUACGGACUGAGAGGUUAAAAAAAAGAGGUCCAUUUUCUGUUUCCCCUAGAGCGGAAAACCCCUUGCGCGCACACCGCGUCACCGGCGUUGCACCUGCUGGGUCGGCAUCUGUCCUGCGUUACGCCGGCCUCGCAAAGCGUCGGAAAUAUGCUCGGGAAACGAGUGUGCACAAACCCCGAUUACGCAAUGUGCCCGAAGUCUCUUAUCUUGCCUUAAAAUAAUGAGAGCCGACAGCUGUCGGGAGAGGGUGGAAAAGGAGCGACGCCGAAAGAAACCGUAAAAAAAGUUGUACUAUACUCUGAAUGUAAACGCGGCCUACCUAUAACGUCUCUAGUCUACGUUGUAAAUAGCAGCAAUGUUUGUGAUCGCGACGAGCUUGUACAUAAUGCCGGCAGCCCCAGUGUCAGUCACAUUCCCCCGGAGCAGUUAGGAAGUGUCGUGUCGUCUGUCACUCUCGCUUUCGAGGAACUUUGUUUUUUAGGGGGGCAAAAUGUACAGUUCUUGUCUAUAUUUGAAAAACAUUUACAGAUGUCUCCCACUGGUUCUGCAAUCCUCGUUUACUUAGAUUUUAUCUCAUUUUUUUUGCCAGACGACAAUAAGGACAAUUAUCUUUAGCACGAUGGCCGUUGUACACGUGUAGCGGUGCAGUCUGGUUGUGGCAAGCCGGGACUCUAUGCUGAAACGGUCGGUAAGAUGCGGAGAUACGUACAGUGGCCCAAGUUUUUAAUAAUGUAGAGCGAGUGUCGACCGCCAGGCCGGCCAGCGCUGUGCCGCGGAAGGGUUGUGACAUUACGGGAGAUUAGGCGCGUCCGCACAAACCUUUGUGCGGUGCAAGCGUCGUCUGCCAUGCUAAUCCGUUGACCGCACACGGCCCCUGCUCCAAAAUGUAGGGCAGUGUACUUUCGGGCUUGUCUCAAUACACAAACCGGAAGUAGACUGCCCUACAGUUUUCUGCACCGGUACAGGAGGCGCAAGUCAGCUACUGUUUAUCCAAUGCCCACUUGUCUUUCUCUCUGCUUCUCUUAUCUGUUGGUGGAGGAAACGUCUGAAGAGCGUGCGCUGGCAUGAACAGUGGUGCAGUGAGUGUACGCUACGCCUGAGGAGCAUCACCCAAGCAAGCGCCCUUCAGGGGCCCUAAUCUGGACACUCGGCGAAAAAGGCGGCGACAAAUCUGGCGACCGGAAUUGGCCAACGCCGUACUUGAACUUGGCACCGGCCAAUCAUAACCGCCGGAUUUCUGACCGACGUUUUCGCCAAGUGUCCAGAUAAGAGCCCCAGAUCUUUGCUUAGCUCUGCCAGCAGAUAAGGAGCAAGGGUCGUGCGUGGUUAAGGGAACAGCCUAGCAGACGACGCUCGCACCGGAGAGGGCUUAGUGCGCACGCGCCUAAUCUCUCCCGUAUCGCUGCAUCCCUCCGUGGUACGGCCCGGGCUGACCCGGCGGUGGACGUUCGCUCCAUAUUAUUAAAAACCUGGGCCACUGUACACGACCGCGUUCCAAAUCUCGCUUAAGUAGAUUGGAGUUCCUCUUGCAGGUUGCAUCUCGCGACACCGGACGCAAGUGGGUUUCCGAGCAUCAAGGUCCUUUAUGCUGGAGCAAGACCGAGCAAAUUUUGGAACGCGGCCCUCCCAAAUAACUUCCUUCGAAGGGUUGAUUGCUCGAAACUAAGGCGAUUUCCUCGCACGUAACUCGAGAGACCAGGGUUGGCAGUUGUUCGCCGGGCUAGUGUCGCUACCUUUUGUGGUGUACUCCACCGCUACUAAAACCGUCGACGGCCGGUCGUCGGAGGUACGCUACCCUGGCGCAAAAUGUCCCGGGUGGCAAAGCGUCUUUCCCCCAAAAACUCGCGUGCAGUUUGUUUAAAAAUGGAGAAAGGGCAUAUGCCGGGCCAUAGAAAGAAUGUGCGUGUGUGUGUGUAUGUGUUUGCGUGCACGCAUUCCAACUAUUCUAGCAAAGACCAGAAAUCUGUUAAAGUGUGUCGCUGUAUCUAGUCGACAAAAAAUAAAAGGCGCGACAUAAAAAGGAA